GUGGGAGGGUCAGUGCUGCUGCUGAUGUCAGAGCUGAGGGUUCAGCUGGACUGAAUAACUGACUGACCGCUGGAUCUGAUCUGCCGGAGCACUCUCGGAGCCGCGUUUCCAGCGCGAGGAAGUGUUGAGUGUGGAAUAUUCUGGUCACUUCUCUGAAAUAUCAGCCACAGCUCUCGAGUCCAUCAGAAGAGGCACAUUUAGAGAAAACCAUACGUCUGAACAUGAGGAGCAUCAUAUGUUUCAUAGGUGUUUUUCUGUGUCUGAGAACCACAGCUUCAGAUUCCAGUGAGAUCUGUGAGCUGAAGGAUGUUCCCGGAAACAGCAAUGAUUGGAUCGUCCUGCAGGAAAUGUCUCUGGGAUGCUGGACGGACUUCACCAGCCAGGAUGGGAAAGAAGUCCACAUCCUCAAGCUGCUGUCCUCACCUGAAAAACAGACAAUGUUAGAACUCUUCUUAACCGCGGCAAACCCAUCAGUGGUGAUCAUCUCCUCAGGCAGUGCACAAACCAUCCUGCUUCAUGACAAUCCCACAGUGAACAUCUACGUAACAAACGGGUCUUCAAUAAAUGUUUUCCUGCCAGUUGGAGGACGUCCACAAACACACGUUGCCCCGUUCGCAGACAGCGAUUCUGAAGUUCUGGAAUGGGCAGCAGAGACGUUUGGUGGAGUGACGUCCUUCACCACAGCACGAGAUCCCAUGACCAUAACUUUCACCGGGAUGAAGGGUGCACAGCAACCAUCAACGUGUGACCUGCAGCCAGAAACACCAGCAGAUAAACAGUUCAUUGAUCUGAAGCUGACACCUCCAUCCGAUGAGCUCAAAUCAUGUUACACAAAGAAUUCUGGGGAACCACUGCACGUGAUCAAUAUUCCUGAUGGCGUCAAAAUACGGAAUGUUUCUUUGCAUGUACCAUCCAAGUCUAAAGUGGUCCUGAGAGGUCCAGCAGGCACUGAGUGGACCAUCGACGACACUAAGGAUAUCCAAUUGCUGGCGAACAAUCGUAUAAUCCUUAAUGGAUUGAGUUUGCCUCCGAGGAGGACGAUCUCUGAUGACCCUAGAGAAAUCAGGCAGAAUGUGUUGUUAUACUACAACAGCACCUCUAUCACCAGCUACUCUGAGAUCCGUCUGAACAUGUCACACAUCCAGCUGUGGAUCAGGGACAGCACAAGCUCCUCAGUAUCAGCAGAAGUGGAGCACACCACACCAGCACCCAGUUCUUCUCCGGUUCCUCUUCAGAUGCAGCUGUUCUCAUCUCCAGACUACAGGUUGCCUCUGGAUCCCAGCAGCAAAGUUCAGAGUGACAAGAGGGUCUAUGCGGAGAUCUCAAGUGAGAGCUACGGAGAGUUUUCCCUAAGCAUUCAGGUCAGCAGCUGUUGGGUUCGCUCCAUGCCAGUGGUGAGGAAAAUGCCGUUCAAAGAGGAGGCAUGUUACAUCGAGGACUGUCCUAAGAGACUCAGCUUCUCCUUCGAGAUGCUUCAGGACCUGCCGUCCAGCUCAUGGGACCUCGAAUGUGCAGUUAAACUUUGUUAUGACAGUAAAAAGUUUUGUACAAGCGAAACACAAGUCAAGAGGAGCUUGCAGGUCAAGCCAUAUAUCUCAAACCAAAAUCCGUGUUUUGAGUUCGGACUCUCGGCUGUUCUGGGAAUCGCAUUCGGAGGAUUUCUGAUUGGAGUUCUCCUCACCGGUGCUUUAUGGUUUAUUAAGAUACGAACAGGGCAUGCUGUGGCUCUGGGAAUGAGAUCAACGGCGGCCGAGCUCUCAGUCCUCUCUAUAUCCGGAUGCCCAUGUGGUUUGACCAAACGGCAGCCAGUGCCCACCCACCCGUCUCCCUCUGAGAACAGCAGCGCCAACGCCAGCAUUGGCAGCACCCAGAGCACACCCACCAGCAGCAUGGCAUAACACCGUCGCCCCUAAUGCUCUCUCCCUCUUGAAGCCAUCUCGCUCCACAUGUCCCAUCGUCCCGAGCGAGAGAAAAAGAGGGGCAGUAGCAAUCCUGAAAUAUUCCCUGUACCUCACAAUACUCCAUUCGCUUUCCCGGCUACGGGAAAUCAGUGGGGACGAAGAACAAAAAAAGAAAAAGCUUGGCUCCCAGAGACAGGAAAAACAACGCAUAACCCCCAGGAACUAACAGGAAAUUCGUUGCAUUCUUGCGCCGGUGCCUCUCUGAUGGAGGCGAACUAAGAUUUCACAGACAAACAGCGGUCUGACGCAUCAGUUCGCUUUCAGACGCGGCUAAAUGUGGCUCAAAGAGGCGACUGAACAAACGUCAGACCACCCCAUAUCCAAACACUCGGCUGUGGACUGACCUGAUGAAAUAUUCCAACAAAUCAAACUAUUGGACAUGAACAUAAAAGGAAGCCCUUUUUUAGUUUUAGAGUUCUUACUGAAAAGGCUGUCUCACAUGGGACAGAUUGGGAAAUGGCUACCUCUGAGUCUCUGUGGAUGUAGAUUUGUUUUAUAUUUGUUUGACCAUAAAUAGAAACAGUUUCUGAAUCUCAUGAAAUCUGCCAAAACGUGUCCUAUUUAACCCCCAAAUCAAUAGAAAUACAGAAGCAGUACCUUUUUUAGCAAUGUGACAUUUUCUGAUGCAGAGAUAAAUUAUCUCAUUCUUAUUACUGAUAUG